AUGACAGACUUUCUUAAUUCAGACCCCCUGGAGUGGGGGGUGGAAGAAGUUGUUGCCUUUCUCUGCAAUCCUGCUUCAGCUCCAUGGGCGCUCUCUGCGACUUCUCCGCGACCCGAUCUUCUGGCGUUAGCUGCUGCCCUCCGCGACAACGAGAUUGCUGGAGAGGCCUUGCUUUAUGAUGUCGACCCACAGGCUAUCAAGGAUGAUCUGGGUGUGAAAGCUCUUGGUCAUCGCAGCAGCGUCAACAGAGCCAUCGAGUGGCUGCGGGCGCGUUCCACCAAAUACCAACUAUCUAAAGCAAGUGCAGCCUUGCCCAAAACUCAUUUCCCCGAAUCACCACCCAAAAAUAUCUCACGCCAUGGAACAUCAAUACCAGGGGUCUCCUCUCUGGAAACCAUUGCUACUCAAGCUGUUGUACACCCUAGCCCGAUUGCCUCGCCUGUACCCGUGCAAUAUGUCAAUGGCAAACGUAAGAUGGCACCUACAUUUAUUUCUAGGGACAGCGAGCAACAUGGUCUGCGACAUGAUGUGCACAAUUCUGCCCGUGGUGGAUCGAGUGGAAGGAGUCAAAUGGGGCAACCCCCGCAACUCUUACCCAACCAUCUGGAGCGGCCUCAAAACGAUGCAAACUCUGAGGCGUUUUUCGACAAGCUGAUGGCAAAAUAUGCCCCAGUUGAAAACGAAGAAGUCCUUCCAGUGUAUGGAGACUCAGGGUCAGAAGCCUCAUUCGACUCAGAAACCUGGGAUGAAAUAUCUCCAAAACACAAACUGGACAGCCAAAAUCCUGAUGGUGCCAAACUUUCACCUGAAGAUGUGGCAUCUGUCGUAUCACAGUACAUUGCAGAUCAGGAGGAACUGUGGAAGGAGAAGGUUCUGCCCAAAAAACUUUCAAUUGCCCGGUACAUCUGGCAGGAAGCUCAGAGCAAUGCAGCUGCGAAGUCAGAUUGUUCAGACCGUCUCCGCCACCUGGAGUGCCGCUUGAGCACCCAAAAAACCGAACUUCAAAAAGUUGCCUACCACUCGCGCGCCAGGGUAGAAAAAUCAUGUGCAGCCAUGGAUAUGACCAUCUCGGAAAUUUGCUUUCAACGAUGGAGACUAAAUGUAUUGGACUCAGCUGUUUGUCCACCUGACGUGGAACCUCCCCCGACAGCCUCGCAGCCUUGGAAGGAACAGUCGGCCCACAAAGACUCUGACGAUGACAGGUCAGAGGACUUGGGGUAUGACACAGGGGAUUCCUUCGAAAGUGAGGACUUGGGCGAUUUUAUCAUCUCUGAUUCCGAAGAAGAAAUAUCAGAACGCCAACAAAAGCAUGUCAGGGAUCCUGACCGGAGCAAAUCACACUCGCCUGCCCGAAAAAGGCCACGCAUGAUAGAGAAUAAGGUUACUGAAGAUUCUGAUGCCAAUGCUGGAUUCUCCCUCGUUUCUUGCCAGCCCACAGAUGGCUUCGAUUUCGUUGAUCUCACAGGCAUGAGUCCAGCCUCAACAACCUUUUCACAAAAAUCAGACAAAGCAAUUACACCGACGGACCCUGAGGGUACUGAGGAUUUGGACAUUCAAACCCCUCCUCUGAACCCGACUCCGUCAAUUCCUUUGCAUGAUGCCGAAAUGGACUUGGAUCUGUCGAUGAACAGUCCUCCGAUUGAUCCAAUAUUGGAGACCAGAAUCGAAUCUCCGAAGCCAGCGACUCCAUUGGACAAUAUCAAUGGGAUUUCGCUAGCUCAAACUGGCGAGAAACGAUCCUCCGUUUCUCCUCACGUUAGCACAGGUGACAAGACACUUCCUGCACGCCAGGAGGAUAUUGACAUGAUCAAAGAAGUCUCAAACAAGAGUGCCGAGGAGCUCGCAAAUUCACAGGAUCGUAUCAGGCUAUUGGCAAAGAACAUCAUGCAUUUGAGUCCAGAUGAGCUCCAAUCAUUCCCAAAACGCUUGAAUGCACUGUUGGAAGAGACAUACACAGACUUGGUUGAGGAGACGCUGAGAGCAAUGAUUCUCAAUCAACUAAACCCAAGAUCCAAGGAAAGAGAUACAGGCGAGAACGCGUUCGCCGUGCGCAUAGCCGAACUGUUUUUGUCCUGGCAUCACUGCAUUGUGUUGGCCCCUGACCGCGGUAUUGAAAAGAAAUUCAUCACCGAGGGCCUUGCGGCCAUCCAGCAGGAUAGUCAUGGAAUGUUUCCAGCGUUUCUUCGCAGAUUCAAAGGCUUCAUAUCUGCGAUCAAGUCCUACAAUAUUCCCAACCCGCCACGAGAAAAUAUCGCAAGCCAUAAUCGCGGGGAUGCUAAUUGCGGAACACACCUCGGCUCAAAGAACGCUGGACAAACUGGCAAUAAGAAAAAGUCUGCAACCAGACUGCUCAGUACACAGCAGAAUGAAGCCCAAAAGCGACUCCACAGGCAAGAAAAGGCCAGGGCGGCUCUAGAACGUGAAACAGAAAGGAGAGGAUUGAGUCUACAUGAUCCGGCUGGCCAAGCAGUGACCUUCAAGGAACCCAAGAUAUUUCUUCAUCCUGAACUUGGAAAAUUUGUCAAACCACAUCAGUUGCGGGGCAUUCAAUUCAUGUGGCGGGAGCUCAUUGACGCUACCGACUCGCAGGGAUGCCUGCUCGCCCACGUCAUGGGCCUUGGCAAGACUUUUCAAGUGAUAUGCCUUCUUGUGACUAUUGCCGCAGCCGCAGCGUCAGAUGAUAUCAAAAUCCGCAACCAGAUCCCCCGCAAGUUUCAUCGAUCUCAGACCCUUGUUCUAUGUCCAUCUGGCGUGAUUGAAAACUGGAUUGAUGAGUUUGCCAUAUGGGCACCGAGUGGUCAUAAGCUCGGUGCAAUCCGUGACAUCAUUCCUCGUGCCCAACAAGACGAAGUCUUCGACCGAUUGGAGCGGAUCAAAGCCUGGAAUUCAGAUGGCGGCGUUCUCAUCAUGAGCUAUGAAAUGCUCCGCUCUUUGAUACAAUACAGGCCUACCAAAGCUAGCAGACCUCUUAGCAUUGAGCAACAAGAGUUUCUCUCGGAAUGCCUCCUAUCGGGACCAAACAUCGUUGUUGCAGAUGAGGCGCAUAAAUUGAAAGGUGAGAAGUCCGCCAUCUCGCAAAUCGCAUCUCGUUUCAAAACCAACAACCGCAUUGCGAUGACGGGAUCCCCUCUCGCCAAUCACCUUUCCGAGUAUUACCAAAUGGUCGAAUGGAUCUCGCCAGGCUAUCUGGAGAGCCCGCAGUCUUUCAAGACCAAAUUCAUGGAACCAAUUCAGGCUGGAUCCUACAUUGAUAGCACUAAAGCAGAGCAAAGAGAAAGUUUGUGUGCACUGAAGGUUCUAGGCGGAAUCUUGAAUCCCAAAAUUCAUCGCGCAGAUACUUCCGCUAUUGCAUCGGAACUGCCUUCCAAGACAGAGUUCGUUAUCGUCGUGCCCUUGACAGACCUGCAACGGCGGGUUUAUGACACUUUCGUGGCAUGUCUGAAGAAAAGUUCCGAAUCAGAUGCUGCCACGAAAUUGUGGUCGUGGCUGGCUCUCUUGCAACUUUGUUGCAACCAUCCGGUACCCUUUCGUGAGAAGCUAGCCGAUCGAUCAAAUCAAUCAGCAACUGAUCCAGAAGAAGCACUCGAGGGAGAAAAUUCUGUUUCCGUUCUUCCAGUGUCGAUCAAAGACGCCGGACUUCCCAGUGACCUCUUCCCCAAAAUUGAGGCUCUUUUCAACAGCGUUCAGAAACCGCUUGGUCCCGAAUUCUCCCACAGAUCCAUCCUGCUUAACCAAAUUCUUGACGAAGCUGCCAACGUUGGAGAUAAGGUUCUGGUAUUUUCGCAAAGUAUCCCAACCAUGGACUACCUUGACAAACUACUCAAGAAAUCCGGCAGAAAGUUCCUUCGUCUCGACGGCAAGACCCUGAGCGCGCAACGGCAAUCGCUAUGUAAGAGAUUCAAUACCUCCAAUACAGAGCAAAUCUUUUUAAUCUCAACUCGCGCGGGAGGACUUGGCCUAAACAUUACCGGUGCGAACCGAGUGGUUAUCUUCGACUUCUUAUUCAAUCCGACAUGGGAGGAGCAGGCGAUUGGACGUGCCUAUCGUCUUGGCCAGAAGAAGCCGGUCUUUGUAUAUCGCUUCAUUGCCGGUGGCACUUUCGAAGACAAUAUCUUCAACAAGGCUGUCUACAAGAGUCAGCUCGCUGUACGUGUGGUGGACAAGAUGAACACUAUUCGCGAAGCUGCAAAGAAAACCGACGAGUAUCUCAAGACUGUCCGCCAGGUUGAAAGAGAAAGCCAUGAUGAAAUUCUGGGUCAAGACCCCCAAGUUCUCGACAAAAUCCUUGCAGGACCUUUCGGGAAGGUCGCCCUGAAAGUGAGCCUGUCGCACCUCAAAAACAAUGAAAGUGACACCCUGGAUGGAGAAGAGCUUAAGCGUGUGAAUGAGGAGCUGCGCAUGGAACAACUCAAACGAUCGAACCGACCUGCAUAUGAGGCAGAACUCCAAAGGCGACAGGCGAUGUUGGCUGCGGAACAGAGAAAGAAAGAUGAAGAGUUGCGAGGGCAAUUUCUGAUGAUGACCCAAGCUUGGAAGAAUCGAGAGAAUGCUACCCCGGUCAGUCUCAAUCCGGAAGCCAUUUUUGCGGCUAGUGCGGUGCAAGAGGUCUCAUACAUACCCACUGCGAUGAGCCUACGGCAACCAGGCAAGUGUGUCGCGUCAAUGUCCUCUUUGGGAUAUUCGCCCAGCUCGGCAUCCAUGUCCCAACGGCGUUCCAUCGCGCCUUUGACUAGCGGGCAGGGCCAAUCAAGCCCCCAUGACUCGGUUUUGCCCAACCCGUCACUCCCCGGUGAACAUCGAGUAGGGGUGGCAUCCGUCAACACCGUAACCUCGCCUGACUCUAUGGCCUCGCCAAGACCGGUUCCCAGGCCGUAUACCAAGCCAUUCAAGCCCAGUUUAUGGACGCAAGCUCCUCAGCAAUUGAAUGGCACAAACGGCCAUCUCUCUUCUCGGUUCCCUGUUCAUGGUCUCUCGGUGAGCGGCAACCCCAAGCCAUAUGCUCAUGCGAAUCCCCCUCCGGCGGUCACUGCUCCCCAUGAAGCUUUGUCUGCUCCUAAUCAAUCUAAUCCUUCCUCUGCCGUCGUCGCUAUUUCUAGUCCCUCUCCAUACACCCUGGGUGAGCCUAUGAAUAUCAGCAGCGAUGACGACGACGCGUACUCGCCACAAUUGAACGACUGCGAGAGCAAUCCACAUUCACCAAAUCUUGAAGUUCGCGAGAGCGACGCAUACUCGCCGCCGGCAAACUUCCCUCUAUUACCGUGA